AUGCAGGACCCGGCGGCAGGACUCCCCGGGCAGCUGGUGCCGCAUAUGCAUCUGGUGUCCAGGAAUCGGUAUCCUACCAUGACUGCCUUGCCGACCGAAACUGUUCUCGACUAUUUGUUGGCUGCCCCCAAGGUGGUCAGGGAGAUGUACCCCAUGCACUGGACAUUUCUGGAUGGACCUCAAGAUGGAACUACCCUACUCACAUGGCAGCCUCUUGCCCACUUGGGAACUACUUUCGCUAGCGACGGCUAUAUUUGGGCGGAUGCAGAGCAAGCCUACACCUUUGAAGCCCGAGGCUAUACCGUGGAAAUGUGGGUUCAAAGAAGUGGCUACCAACCUCCAAAUGAAGCUGUUGCAAGUCACUCGCGUCGCCGUUAUCGCCUAGUCCCUUCCAAAGUGCCCAACCCAAAUGCACCGAGUCCAGAUCCUUCCUUAUGGAUUAUUCACUACUCGCGAGCGUCACAGGGCGAUCAUCUCCCAGCUCAGCGAAUUCCGGUAACCCCUCAGGUGCAGACAACACUUGCUCAGCGACGGUUCUUGCAGACACAAGGCCAGCUAGUUCGCAAAGAGUUUAUGCUUCAUGAUCGCAACAGCUGGCCUACGAUUUCGUUCCCACCUCAGAUGGGUCCCCAGGGUUUCGCACAGCCGCAACCUUACUAUGGAAAUGCAGGCCCUGCACGCCAAAUACCCCCUGGUGCUUACUAUCCUGGUCACCAACCUGGUGUUGGCGCCGUGCAGCCCCCAUCUAAGGCACCGCGUGGUCACCGUCCAUCUGCAGGCAGUAUUGCUGCUGCGACAGCCGAUUUUUCGCUGGAGGAUGAGGACGUUACCACAGGCGAUCUGCUAGACAUGCUCACACCUCGAGAGAUAAGCAAAAUGCGUUACCAGCAGCACCAUGAAUGGAUGGAAGAAAUUUUUGCGUCGCCAUACACGAUCAAACAGAUAACGCCGGUUGACCUUGGUCUCGGACGUAAAGGGGAGCUUGAGUCCUUGACUGCUGGAUUUUUCGAAGCCCCGGUGACGGCAGCCCAUCCAAAGGAUGCUAAGGAUGACAGCUCAUCUCUACAAGCAAGUAAAAUGGAGCCAGAGAAAGCAGAGGAAUUCGCCGACAGAGUCGCCAAGAAAGUUUCCGACAUGACAGCCGAAAUUGAGAAAUUGAAGAAGCGCCAUGAGCGGAGAAUGCAAAAGAUUGGCCGGCUGUCGAUUUUGAGAGAUGCCGAGAUACGGCUCCGCGAGGCUGGAGCGAAUCCUUCCGAGACUGGACCUGAGAUCUGGAGAUUGGAAGGCCGCAUCGAAACCGUCAACGAGGAGGAGCUGGCUAAUAAUGAGGAAGAUUUUUCACUCCGUAUUCCGCGGUUUCAAGUAGAUGAUGUCGUCAAAGAUUUGGAGAAGGCCUAUGGACGAAAUAUCGUUUCCGAUCCCAGCGUAACUUGUAUAGAAAAAGGUGGAUUGUUGGAGCGUAUUGAACCCCCUCCGGCACCGAUUGAGGACAAUGCUGGUGCAGACACGGAUAUGUUAAUGGAAACCAGCCUCCUGGACCAGUUUGUGGCAUCGUCAACAUCUACACCUGGACAAAUAAAUCAGCAAGUGCAAGCAUCAACGGUCGCAGGUCCCGGUGAGUCCACGGUUGAAGCUGUGGGUGCAGAUGGUGAUGUCGAGAUGGGUGGCGCAACAACUACAACCGUCCAAUCUGGUACCGCCGCAGGAGAGACUGGGGAAUGGGUAGUAAUCGAUAACGAUAAGGCCGGUAGUGCCCAGUCAUCUUCCAAGGCACUUCCAAGCAACCCGCUCGUCGCUGGAGAUACAUCAGGGAGCGGGCUCACACCCGGACACGGCGCCUCCGGCAUGGAAACGAGCAAUUUUGAAGACGCUACCAACUUCACCAACAUGGAUUCUGCUGGCGAUGCGCUUGCUGCGUACGACGAUCAGCAUGACGGCUUGGAUUUGCCUGACUUAGAGAACUCCGCCUUUGGAGAUGCUUUCCAUGCAUCGGACCACGAGAUGGGGCACCAUCCGGAUGACGAUGAGAUGGCAUAG